AUGGGUUCGGGUGCAUCGGGCCUGGCGAGCGAGACGCCUGGCGGUGAUCUCCGUCUUCCAGCAUCCGGGUUGCGGUUUUCUCUCAACCAGCUACGAACCCUUAACUCUUAUGUGGAUAAUCUUUGGGAAGAAGAUCAAGCAGGGCGUAUUUCAACGGAGCUAGAGAGUGCAGUGGAGAGCCUGGUCCAGAGGAUAGUAGAUGGAGCAGGACAGAGGGACCCGAGGUUCAGAUGCUGUCAUCUCAUAGCUUUGCAUAGAGGGAAGAAGAUGCGAUCCCGCUCCCUGGAAUACCUGGUGACCUUAGACUCCCUUCCUCCUCUGAACGCGGGAGAAGAUUGCAGUCUACAAAACGGACCAGUGGGCUAUGGACGCAUUCGUCUUACGGGCAAAGAGGCGGACAAAUGGGAAGAAUUUUUGACGCCAUCGGGAUAUUUGUGCAGAGACAAGGUGGUAGAGCGCUGGGUGGAGCUGAUAGCGCGCUGUACGUCAGCUCGCGGCGGGGGUGGCUCGCGAGUGCUCUGCGCGCGCGCAGUGAAGCACGCCACGCCAUACACACACUGCUACCUACAAAGGGGGUCAUCGUUGCUAUCGAACAACGACCGUCGGCUUGCCAUAGUUGAGGGAGCUGCAUGGGUGAUGGUGCGUGUUGGGGCUGGUGAGGCAGAAGCCAAGCUGAUGCUGGGAGCCAGGGUGCAGGGGUGCAACGCUGCUGCCUAUACUAAUAGAGUCCCACUGAUACAUCCCAUGGCGUUGUUGCAUUACACUAGUGCUCAGGGGGGUUACUACGCAGCAGCAGUAGGUCCUCCAUCGUCCUUAGUAUGCGGUGACCGUUCCUCGACGUGGCAGCUCUGGCAUCCCUCCCUGGAAGCAGAGCUGGACGCCCACUGCUCACAGCUGUCCACCGUCGCCAGGAUCGCUGGAGCACUCAACGUGCUUAUUGAUAAGAUGAGGGAGGGAGCGUAUCAGGGAACCCUUCGAGUGUUGAGUAGGUACGCAGCGAGUAGCGCAGUCCGGCGGCGCGCGGACCGCUGCGGCGCGUACCCGGGCGCCGCGCCGCGCUGUCUGCCCGCCCUACAUGCCUCGCACCAUCUCUUGCUACUGCUCGACGAAUUAUAUGCCCUCUGUGAGCGUGGAGGUAUAGCAGGGUAUGUGUACCCAGUGGAGCGAGGGUCGGUCGUACGACGCGGGGCGCGGGAUGCCGACUGGCAGUUCGAUGCCGCCUGUGUCAAGAGCUGUCUGCAGCAACUACAUCAUGUUGCAGGUGAAGACAUUCCACCAUCACCGUCAGACUGCUUGGAAACUGCGUUACUGAGCCGGUGGGAGAGUCUGAAUAGAGAAGCCAAAGCUUCUGCAGGAUCCACACCAACAUACUCUAAGCGACAACUGCGAUAUUUGUGGAGGGUGGCUAGCGAACUGCUCAAGUGCAAGAGUAUGGUGGCUUGUGAAAACCACAGCACCUUCAAAGCGAACCUCAUCCAAGUGACGUCAUUGAAUCAGGAGCCAAUUGAGGACCUGAUCCACGUGCUGGCCAUCAUGCUGGACCAGGCUCGAGAUUUGUACCUGAACAACUUCCACUCCAGAAAUGUUGGGGAAUUCGAUAGGGACUUGUCUGUUUAUAGGUCAAAGAAAUGGAAUAAACUAAAAGACUACUACGACGCUUCAUCAGCCUGUCUAAUAGACGCCGUGCGAAGAGACCCUGAGCUACGGCGAGAAGACCUAAAAGACCAUAUGGUAGUCAUGAAGAACAUUCUAAACUGGCUUUAUAAGGGCGCCAAAGAUGAUAAGAAGUAUUUGGGACCAGUUCUAAGACCGUAUUUGGAUGGUCUUUUCACCACUUCUAUAGAAAAUUCAUGGUUUUUAGAGGACUUUGAUGGGAAAAAGUGUGUGCAAGAGCUGGAAGGAUUAAAAGAGUAUUGCAUGGGUGUCCAUGAUGGGUCUUUAGAGCCGUGCAUGGGGCUGCUGGAUGCUGCCAAGAAGUUUGCGUGGGCUAAGGCUAUGGUGGAUUUUGUGGACAGAUUUCGGCAUAUUGAUUUCCGGAUAGUUUUCCCAACUGGCGAAGGCAUGGCAAUAUCGUACCCUAUCAAGUUACCGUCACGCAGAGAGCACAGCUCUGCCCGUACUCUCACACUAAGCAGGCGAGAUAAAGCGGAGGCUAAGCUUCGUCUCGCCAAGCGAUGUGUGUUGGGCGCCUUCGCUGCUGCACUCGUGGGAGACAGGAGACACAAACAAAAACCGAUAUCCCGUCAUGAGAGCAGCGAUGAGAUUCUCGCAAACGUUAAGAAUGGAAACUAUUGGAGAACUACAAAACCAGACAUCAUUCCAUCCUCAUCCAUUCAGGAUAUCUCAAAAGACCAGCUGGAUAGUCUACCUAGAGUGAGAAGACGGUCGCGACGACAUAGACCCGCUACAUCGUAUGGGUUUCCAGAAAUUUCUUUAUCUGACCAUGCGGAUACGAAGACCAUGAGACGAAAAUACCACACACUGAAGAGCUUGGUGUAUACGGAACCUGUUGAAAGUAUACGGGAAAUCAGGCAAAGACCACGGUCUGCUGGGUCUACUGUGAAGAAUAAAGAAGCGCUUAGUAGACCAAGUAUACUAGAGACGUUGGAUUUUAUAAAUAGCGUGAAGAGUGCUUUAUGUGUUGAGGAGUCCGGUGCAUCAGACGCAGAAGACUCAGCGUGGUCGAUAGAAGAUGAGUGGCUGGUGGGGCAGUGUGCGCCUCUCAAUUUAAUAUCAGCGCGAAGUGGGCACCACGCCCUGCACCUAGCUCUCGGAGACCUGGUGGUAGCCCUGUUACACCGGGGGAGGUUUACUAUUCUACAAGAGCUAUGUUCGUUCUUGGGUGAUGCGAGUGAAGGCGCGUUGUUCGCUCUGCACAGACUAGCGAGGGCUGCACGCUCAAGGAGUAGUGAGAGAGCUUCUAGCUCAUGGCGUCUCCCAGAAGCAGAAGGCAGUAUAACAGAAGCUCCACAGAAGUACAGACCUCGUCCUCCAGACUAUGUGUCAGGAGAUGAAGCUCCACCACCACCUCCGCCAUUACCCAGAACAUCUAGUAUUGGAAGACAGGUAUCCAACCGCUACAUCGACUAUCAACCACCAAACCGCCUUCAACUAGAGCCAACAAUCGCCCAAAUCAACCCUAUAACACCUCCUUACACAGGCAUCAUCAACCCCAUAUACGACAUCAAAAUGCCAAGGGACAAAUUCGCCGUGAAAAGGCCACAAAAGUGGGAGAAGGACAAACGAUGUGGUCACUGCUAUCACUGGUAUGACGGGGGAGACUGGUUUGGAGACGAAAGGGAAUUUCUUCCAAAGGUAUAG